AAAAUCAAAUUCGAUAAGUAUUUGGCAGAAAAAAUAGUGUGCUUACUCAAAAUACGUGUAAUGUCACAUGAUUUUAAAAUGGCGAUACUCCGUGCAGGGAGUUGUCUGCUGAUAUUUUAUUUAAUUUUAAAUGUGCACGGCAAGUCAGGCUCAUCAGAGAAGCGGACAUUUGUUAUUGAUUAUGACAAUGAUACAUUCUCCAUGGAUGGUAAACCAUUCCGCUACAUCUCAGGCAGUAUUCACUACUCAAGGGUUCCCUACCAGUACUGGGAUGACAGACUGCACAAGAUGGCUGCAGCAGGACUGAAUGCUAUACAAACGUAUAUACCAUGGAAUAUUCAUGAGCCAGAAGAAGGGAAGAUUGACUUUAGUGGUCAGCAGGAUGUUGUAACCUUCCUUGAGACAGCACAGAAGUACAACCUUUCUGUGAUCCUUCGUUCUGGACCAUAUAUCUGUGGAGAGUGGGAAUUUGGUGGACUGCCAGCUUGGCUGCUCAAGAGUGACAACUUGAAAGUUCGAACCAUGGACCCUAAUUACAUCAAGCCAGUGGGCAGGUGGCUGACGAGACUCUAUGCUGAGUUGAAACCCAUGCUGUAUAAGAAUGGAGGACCAAUCAUCACUGUCCAGAUAGAGAAUGAGUAUGGCAGUUAUGAGGCCUGUGACUAUGACUACCUGCGUUUCCUGCGCGACCUGGCCAGGGAGUGUCUUGGCAAUGAUACAGUCCUGUUCACGACCGAUGGUGACAGCGAUGGGUUCCUAAAGUGCGGCACACUUCCUGAUGUGUAUGCUACAAUUGACUUUGGUGUAACAUAUACACCUGAGAAGAACUUUGAAAUUCAGCGCCAUAAGGAACCCAAGGGACCAUUGGUCAACUCCGAGUUCUACACAGGCUGGCUGGACCACUGGGGGGAGAACCACUCUACCAUAGCAACAAGUGAGGUAGCCAAGAGCCUCGAUCUCAUUCUGGCCCUCGGAGCAAAUAUCAACAUGUACAUGUUUGAAGGAGGAACUAAUUUUGGAUUUUGGAAUGGAGCUGAGUAUCCGCCAUAUAAGGCAAUACCUACUAGUUAUGAUUAUGAUGCCCCUUUAUCUGAGGCUGGGGACAUAACUGAGAAAUAUUUGGAAAUAAGGGAAGUAAUUAAGAAGUAUAACCCAACUGCUAUGGCUGUUCCCCCAUCCACCCCUAAGAAGGCGUAUGGAAAAGUGAUCAUGACGUUUGCUUCUACACUGUAUGACAUGGCUAACCUUAAAGAUCCAGUCAUGUCUACUUAUCCACUGACCAUGGAGCAACUGGACUCUUACUAUGGGUUUGUGAUUUACAAGCACAUAUUUAAGAGCCAGGUUUCAGGACCCCUGGACCUCUCUGGUGUCAGGGACAGGGCCUAUGUCAAUGUGAUCAGGGACAAAAAAGUGGUCCUGUCGGCAGUUGUGGAGCGUGACACCAGUAACAUGACAGUUUCUGUUGACGUCGAUGCCGGUGAUUUUGUUCUUGUUUUAGUCGAGAACCAAGGUCGUAUUAACUAUGGGGGUGAGAUGAAUUACAACCACAAGGGCCUGAUUUCCAACGUGACUCUUAAUAACAUCACACUCACAGACUGGGAGCAAUCAGCCUUUGGCUGGGACCCAAGUCAGCGGAUGUUGAUACCUAGCAACAGUUUCCUAGUACCAGUUGCCAAGGCACCCAGCUUGCCAUCCUUCUACGCAGGAGUCCUGGAUGUGGAGGAGCCCCAGGACACAUACUUGGACAUGAGUCUGUGGACUAAGGGUCAGCUCUUUAUCAAUGGCAUGAACAUGGGCCGAUACUGGCCCCAUCGUGGUCCCCAGGUCAGACUGUACAUUCCUAAAUACGCCCUCAAUGCUGGCUCAAACUUGAUCCUGAUGCUGGAACUAGAGCAGGCACCUUGCCAUCAUUCAAACAGCAAGUGUUACGUGGAGUUUAUGGACCAGCCGUUGAUCAACGCCACAGUGCCCCAGUCAAUACACAGGGGAAUAUCACAGGACACCAAGCCCUUGUGGCGUUGGCUAUUUGAUCUCAUUAUGAGUAUCAUAUUCAGUGAAUGGAAUUUGUUUUCCUUUUAGACAAAAUGUGUGAUGGUUGAUACUGGAUGUUGACAAACAGAAUACGGCAUUGUUUUUGUUUUGGAAAAAAAAAUUGUCAAGUAUGAUUGAAAUAUUUAUGUACAUGUUUAUAUUCCAGUAUGUAUGUGUAUAAUACCUGUGCAAUACAUUGAAUAUGUUUUGUAGUAUCAGAAUAGGCAAUUUUAUAAAUUAUUUUGCCAUUUUUGUAGACAUUUUCUCCAUUGCUUUUGUAAAAAACUUCAAUUUGUAGUGUGCUUACAUAGUUUGUAUUUGCUAGCGCAAUAAAUAAUAUGUACCGGUAUUAAUAAACCAAACUUUGUUGGUAUUAUUAGCAUCUCAUUAAAUCAGAGGUUUCUCAGUGAAGUCCCAUUAAUGAUACGAUAAGAUUUAACAAAUAUUUUACCAGUUAACCAAUGCUCAUGUGUUCUACUUAAAUUAUGAACUCACAUUGUCUACUGAACAAUGGGUCUUGAACUGUAAUCAUAUGCAUCAUGAGCCCUGCAACCCAUACAAGUGUAAAAAAUAUGAAUUAAUGUGUUAAUAAAUAACAUGUGUCUCCUUAUGCAACUAAGAUGUAUGUUUAUAACUUUACACUGUGUGGCACGGCAAAUACAAUUAAAUACCGUAAUUACUCUAAGUUUUCGGAUACUUAUAAAUAAUUAUAAUAAUAUUAAAUGCUUAAUUUAUUUGAACGAAAAUUACUUCAUGGUUGUACUUUGGCCAACGAUUUAAAAGAUGAGCAUGUGAUGUACAGAUACUCGCUAGUAUGAACCUGUAAUUAACACAAUAAAAAAGCAAACUAUG